AUGGGUGCCUUUCAUGAAUUUAUUAAGAAAUUGCUUCGUGCUGAUGUUUUGAAGAAUCAAUUAAUGCAUAAGGUUAAGAGGUUAAAGAAGUACCAAAUCAAUGCUGAGAAAGGCAAGGAUCCGAUUUUUACCAAGCCCCAUGAGCUCAAGACCUUCGAGCUUUCCAAGAAAAUAUGGGGUGGUGGAGCGAAUAAUGUUGACGAUAGCGCUCGUAAGAGUGACACUACAAAAUCAAGAAAGCAUGUUAAGCUCGUCUUGCAAGAGACGUCGAAGGUCGAAGUAAACGACCCAAUUGUUGAUCAAAAGGACUUUUGGUCUAUGUUCCCUUGCUUGAAAGAGUCUCUAGAGUUGAAGGAUUAUUCUAAUUUGUCAAUGCCAGAGCUCGGAAAGAAUUCAAUGAAGGAUAGUAUGAGUAUGAUUAGGACUGCGAAGGCGAUGGAGUUGGAAGAAAAGUGGAAGAACUUGUGCAAGGAUGGAAGUUAG